AUGAGGAUUUAUAUUGUUUCUUAUUUAUUCCUGAUUACGAAUUCAGCUUUUGGGUUCACUCUAGAGCAAGUUAUGGAGAGAGUAGAUUAUAUUGAAGACAGACUAAAUAAAGAGAGCAAAUUCAGAAGAGAUGGCUUUAAGACGCUCAUAAAUGAAAUAGGUUCCUUGAAAACAAUGCUUCAACAAGCAUUAGAGAAUAAAGUUGAAGUCAAAGAUACUGAGACUGUCCAGGACACUAAAACUACUCAUUCAGAGCUAGAGGAAAAAUUUCUGUUGUUGACAAAUGCCUUUAUGAAAGAGAAAAUAUUGAACAAGCGGUUCCGGCGAGAAAUUCCAGAAUUACAAAGACAAGUUCAGGAUUUGAAAACCAAACCUGACCAAAUUCUCACAGGUGUUGAAUUCAUAAAAACCCUGAACACAGAAAGACAAGAAACUUUUAUUAUGCUUGAAGAUGAAAUACCUAAACUAAAAGGAUAUUCAUUAAACUUGCUUGAACAAUUUGAACAAACAGAAUUUACUGAAGCAGAAAAUUUUGACAAAAUAAAGAAUGACACAGAAGAGAUAAAGAAAAACAUAGAAGAUUUGAAACAUACUGAAGAACAGUGUUUGGAAAAUAUAAACAUUAAUAACAAUUUGACAAAGAGACUGGUGGAACAACUUGUCAAUGGAAAGAAGUUUGUCAGUAAAGAGAACGAUUCAAUAACAAAGGAUUACCAUGAGAGGGAGUGCAACUGCUCAGUUUCAUCAUGUCCGGUAAAUAGGACACCUUCUCCCAAUGAUCCAAAGACUUCUUACAAGUCUUGCUUGGAAUUAUAUGAAAGCGGAUUUAAGUCUAACGCUAAAUACAGUAUAGAAGUUGAAAAGAAAAGAUACAUUUCUGUAUAUUGUGACAUGACUACUGAUGGUGGAGGGUGGACAGUAUUUCAACGACGCCAAGAUGGCUCUGUCGACUUUGUCCGAGAUUGGAAUGAAUAUGAAACUGGAUUUGGCAACAUGACGGGCGAAUUUUGGCUCGGGAACAAAUAUUUGAAUCUACUAACUGAUAAUGAUGCACCACAUGAACUGAGAAUCGAUCUAGAAGAUCAUGACGGCAACCGUGCCUAUGCCAAAUACAGCAGUUUCAAGGUUGGAUCGAAGAGAACAAACUACAAACUAUACGUGAGUGGUUACACAGGAAAUGCUGGUGACUCGCUAGCAGAUUCUAAUCUAUCUUUUGGCUCCCAUGAUCAAAUGGAAUUCACCACCACUGAUGCAGAUAACGACGAAUACACAUCUGGAAACUGUGCUGCAAACUGGGAUGGUGGAUGGUGGUUCAAUAAUUGUUUUCAUUCGCAUUUAAAUGGACUCUAUCAGGACCAGUCAAAAUGCAAGGCCAGCUGGAAGUGCAUUGUCUGGAAUACAUGGAAAGGUUCACAAACAUCCAUGAAAUUCACUGAAAUGAAGUUUAGAUAAGAUUGAUUGACUAACUUCAACAUCUUUAAAUGGAGAUUGUACACCCUAGAAUAUUUUAUUUAGAUAAUUUUUGUCUUUGCAGACAAUCAUGUUGUCAUUACACAUGCCAUGGAGGUAGUAUAUCUAUACUACUUCCAUGCACAAACCAAACUGAUUUCCUUAUUUGUGUGUUUAAAAUGUUUAGUUGUGACUCAUAUACUUUUUGUCAGACAGAUAUGAAGUUCAUUCUAAAAUUUGUAUUCAGUGUUUAUAUACACAUACUGAACAUAAUGCAUUUUUGCAUCGUAUCCAUGUAUUGUACAAAAUCAAAGUUUCAUCAAGAAACGUGGAAGUUCCACAAACAUUAGGUUUUCAGCCUUUGCAUCAUGCCAUAUAAUGUUGAUUAUACAAAUCUGACUGCAUCCAAUCACCCUAUUCAGAAGCUAAGGUACAACAAGCGUAGAUAUUGAAGGUCUGUCAUGAAACGGAAUAUACCGAGGUUUAAGAUUACGGUUCACACAGUGCAGGUCCCUAGAAAAUGUACUAACACACCCUCCUUAUAUAAGUUACGUUACUCCAUGCUAUAUACCAAGUUUGCUGAUACAGUCAUGCCAAAUUGAUUAGUUGUCCAUCUGAGUUUUACCGCUGGCUUGAACAGUUUUUGUGCAUGUAAAUGGUAAUGUUGUGCACGCAAAAUGUCUGUGAAAUUAUUUUGAAAUAAAGCCAGUUUUCUGACAAGAA